AUGGCAGGAGUAGAGGUCAGGACGCUGACCAAGUUUUACCAGCACGUCUUGUCCCUGACCUUUGCUGUCAAAGAGAUCAAUGGGGACGUCAACAUCUUACCCAACAUCACUCUUGGUUUCAACAUCUAUGACAACUACAACGAUGCACAGUUGACCUACCGUACCACCAUGAACCUUCUCUUUAAGUCACAGAGAUUGGUCCCCAACUACGAAUGUGAGAUGCAGGGUAAACUGACAGCUGUCAUAGGAGCCCUUGCCUCCAAGGCCUCUUUCCGCAUGGCACAAAUCCUAAGUCUCUACAAGAUCCCACAGGCCCUGCCCCUAUCUAUUUGCAGUGACUCUUGCCAUCGUGGUUAUCAGAAGAAGAAGAAGGAAGGAGAUAAAUUUUGCUGCUACGAUUGUGACCUUUGCCCAGAGGGAAAGAUUUCCAACAAAUCAGACACAGAUGACUGCUUACAAUGCCCAGAAGAUCAAUAUCCAAACAGGGACAGAGAUCAAUGCAUUCCUAAAGUUAUCAAAUUCCUCUCCUAUGAAGAACCCUUAGGAAAAGCAUUAGCUGGAGUGGCUCUUUCUUUUUCCCUGGUAACAGUCUUGGUACUUGGGUCUUUUAUUAAACAUCGAGACACUCCCAUAGUCAAAGCCAACAACCGGGAGCUGACCUACACUCUCCUUGUCUCUCUGCUCCUCUGCUUCCUCUCUACUUUCCUCUUCCUUGGAAAACCUGGAAAACUGACCUGCCUUCUUCAGCAACCCGUUUUUGGCAUGGUCUUCUCAGUGGCGGUUUCUUGUGUGUUGGCCAAAACCAUCACCGUUGUCUUAGCUUUCUUGGCCACUAAGCCAGGCUCCCACCUGAGGAAAUGGGUGGGGAAAAGAGUGGCCACUUCUGUUGUCCUUUCCUCUUCCCUCAUUCAAGCUGGCAUUUGUGUCAUAUGGGUUGGGACCUUUCCCCCAUUCCCAGAGCUAGACCUCCACUCAGUCCCUGAAGUCAUCAUCAUGCAAUGCAGCACAGGGUCGGUCCUCAUGUUUUAUCUUGUGCUGGCCUACAUGGCGCUUCUGUCCAUUAUCAGUUUCACAGUGGCUUUCCUGGCCAGGAAAUUGCCAGACACUUUCAAUGAAGCCAAAUUCAUCACCUUCAGCAUGUUGAUUUUUUGCAGUGUUUGGGUGUCUUUUGUUCCAACCUACUUGAGCACUAAAGGUACAUAUAUGGUUGCUGUGGAGAUCUUCUCUAUAUUAGCUUCCACUGGAGGGGUGUUUUGUUGUAUCUUUCUUCCAAAAUGUUACAUGAUGGUUUUCAAGCCUGAGAUGAACAGCAGGGAACAGCUACUUAGGAGGAAGUAUUAA